AUGCAAUUCUUCAACGUACUUGCUCUGGCCAGCAUCGCUGCUGCCUUACCUCUCGAGCUCGAGCAACGCCAACUCGACCGCACCGGCAUCACCGAAAAUGAAUUCUCUCGAAGCCUCACCUGCGGUCAAGUCAUUUUCGUAUGGGCUCGUGGGUCCACUGAGAUCGGAAACAUGGGAACUAUAAUCGGACAGCCACUUGGCGAUGAGCUUCGCAAGGAGUACGGUCGAGACCUCCAGAUCGAAGGCAUCGACUACGCUGCUCUGACAUCCACCAACUUCCUCCCCGGCGGGACAGACCUUGUAUCCGAAGUGAUGAUGAGGAACACGUUGAAUGACGUUCACAGCCGCUGCCCCGACGCCGUGAUGCUCGUUGGCGGUUACUCUCAGGGAGCAGCAGUUGUCCACCGUUCCGUCGAAGACCUGGACAACGCCGUCAAGACGCAAAUUGCUGGCGUUGUGACCUUUGGUGAUACCCAGCGCCGCGCGGAUAACGAUCAGAUCCCCAAUUUCCCAAAGGACAAGAUCAAGAUCUUUUGUGGUGGCCUUGUGCGCGAUACUGUUUGCGAUGGAAAUCUUGGCGCGGCUGUUCUUGCUCCUCAUCUUAGCUAUGGGAGGGAUGCUGGUGAGGCUGGGGAGUUCCUCAUUGGUAAAGCAAAUGCUGUUCUUGGUUGAAGAUGGAUUGGGAUGGAAUUGUGAUGAUUGGGAUGGGGACGCCCGGCCCAGUCAUUGGUGAAUUUGAGUUUCAAGUGGCACUCGAGGAUGCUAUUUUGUUUUUGUCCUUUAUUAUGGGUUUGCUUGUUCUUUCGACGUUGAGGUCUUAUUUUUUCCGUUU